AUGUGUGGGAGAUACGCGCUAGGUCUCCGUGCGGCGUUUGUGCGGUACCAGCUUCAGCAGCAAGGCAUGCCGGUUGACGAUGCCCCCGGCGACGAUGAAGCCCGCGAAACCUACAACUUCCCUCCCGGGUCCUUUGGCCUUGUUUACAGGGCAGAUGUGCCAGACCAAGGGGUCAGGGACAACGACGAAGCAGGAACCAGCGACGCUGCUGCAGAACACGAGAGUCAAGCAGAGCAAGCGGAACAAGAGCCGCAAGAGUCGACCCCGCCGACAUCCAGUCAAUCGAAGCACUUCAAUUACCAGCUUAAAGUCAUGAAAUGGGGGUUAAUCCCCUUCUGGACCAAGCGCGCCCCCGACUACGGGUCCAUGUUGCGUACUAUCAACUGCCGCGACGACUCUCUGAUCGAGAACCGGGGUAUGUGGAAUACGAUGAAGCAGAAGAAGCGCUGUCUGGUCGUGGCGCAGGGUUUUUACGAGUGGUUGAAGAAAGGUCCGGGUGGAAAAGAGCGGAUCCCAUAUUUCGUCAAGAGAAAAGAUGGCAACUUGAUGUGGUUCGCUGGAUUAUGGGACUGUGUCAAGUACGAAGACACAGGGGAGAAACUGUACACCUACACUAUUAUUACGACAGAUGCGAACAAGCAGCUGCAGUUCCUACAUGAUCGAAUGCCAGUGAUUCUGACUCCCGGGACUGAAGAAGUCAAGAUGUGGCUGGACCCGACAAGGAACAAGUGGAGCAAGGAGCUUCAGGCGAUUCUGAAACCAUAUGAGGGCGAGCUGGAAUGCUACCAAGUAGACUCAGCCGUUGGGAAAGUGGGAAACAAUUCACCCAGCUUCAUUGUUCCGGUCGACAGCAAGGAGAACAAGAAGAACAUCGCCAACUUUUUCAGCAACGCUGGUGCAAAGAAAGCCACGAAUAAAGUCAAAGUCAAACCGGACCCAGCCCAGCCCGCGGCUGAAGAUACUGGAGACGGCAAAGACGUGCCGCUGCCUGGAACGAGUCCCCCGUUCGAAGGAAAGCAAGGCAUGAAACGAGAGCAUGACGACCAGUCCCAGGGCAGCCCAACGAGAAAACACACGAAAGUGUCCUCCACUACUCAGUCCUUGAAGUCCCCUCAACCCAAGAGGACUCUGGGUAAGAAGCCGAAGAGUGCAACUAGCAAUAAGGACAUGACUCUGAAGUCUAGUCCGGCAAAGAAAGUCGAACCAGGUAUGCAACAGAUCACAAAUUUCUUCAGCAAGUGA